AUGACUUUCAAACCUACAGAAGUGCAAGCAAUCGGGCGAAAUUUGGAGGAUCCCUAUUUGGGUACUGGUGUGAUUGAAGCCACUCUCCAGCAGUCCGGAAUGCAAUGUUUAGUAAAACACAGGUUGAGUGAUCUGCCAUGGGAGUUGGCUUUUCGUUUUUUCAUUUUGACCGGAGAACACUCACGUCACGGGAAAGCACCCUGGUCUUCGGAUGCUUCAGGCAGUAAUGAUGCAAACGAUACAACUUCCGGCACUUCCGGACGUGUCAUCACCGGUCGCACCCGAAACAUGUCAACAUUUUCACAAAAUACGGACUUGGGCACGAAUUCGAAACUUACCGAUUCCAAACACAUAACUGAGUCGUUGUCACAUCAAGUGCACGAAGCUUCUCGUUGUUCCAAAUUACAAGAGCAACGGAAUCCAUGUCCACCACCGAUAAACAAGCAGUCCAUGCAUACGGAAGAACCACUUCCAGGCAAUUGUUUGUUUCCUUCGACUCCGGCUGCCGAAAUCUAUGCAGCUGCUGCGCGCUUCGCAGCGGAAAGUGUGAGCUCCAGCGGACUGGGUAACGACCUCACCGCGGUCUAUGUGGCAGCCGCUGCGGCAGCUGCUGCAGCCACCGCAGCAGUCACUGCUAGUAAUGAGCGUGAUAUUGGACCUCACACAGGCUCCCGUUUGGUCGUUUCCGGUGCACAGUCCAAAUGCAGUCCAUCCGGUCUACCAGUCGGAUUGGAUCGUUCAAGUCCUGCCUGUCACAAGUCAACCAAUGCCAAAUUGGGCGGCGAGAGCUCAUCAUCAUCACUUGGUUUAGAGCCUGUCGUAACCGGCCCACGUCCGGCUCGCACUUUACCACAGGAUGUGAACAGUUCAAGCAAGGCGAUCCUGUUCGGUGAUUUUCUUACCGCGCAACAGUUGGAACGUCCUGACACAGCCGGGUCAAGUUCUACCAGCGGCAGCAGCAACAACAACACACGCCCCGAACGCAACACAUCUGGCGGUCUUUAUUCCCGGUCCAUCAACCCGGCCACGCUGCCUGUACCUACUGGUCCCCAUGCGGGCGCACUUCCCGGGCCGCGAUGGAUCCCCCCUGUUUCUGAAGGGACCCCGAAUAAUGACUUUCCUGGACUGGGUCUGUCUGCGGAACACGCGGCUUGGUUGGCCAUUCAUGCACAGGCUGCUGCAGCGGCAGCGGCAGCAGCAGCCGCCGCAACCAAUACCGUUUCCGAUAUGAACCCGACUGUCAGCGAUUCGCGUGGGCAUGCCGACGGGAAGGUCGCCAAUGCGUCGUCAAGUCGUUCCGCCUAUUCUCCAUUGUCACCCAGCUCACUAAAGGUAAGCUGA